AUGUCGGACGAACACUACGAGGAACCCGGUCCCGGUAAGGAAUGCAGCGGAUGUUUCAAGGUACAUACCGACCCUUUCUCCUGGAAGCACCUUCCCCGCCCGACGAACUAUGAUGAACUACCUGACGAGCCCAAAGAGCGCGCUCGGAAGCUUUUCAACCUCGUCGACCCGAUUAAUUCGCCCGAGUGGGAGGAAUGCAUCAAAGUCCGCGACCCUGGCGAAUGGAGAUCUACUGAGUACAUGUGCGAAGAGUCUGAAGCCACCGAUACAUACUAUCGGAACUUGCAUCCCCUGGCUUGGAAGUGUAUCUCACGCGCUCUACCGGACGACCAUGCUCUGGCGUGCAGAAUUGCCGACUCUAUUGACGUUUUGACGUGUUGGACGAGCGACGAAGGCGACCCUGUGGUCGACAACGCAAACGUCUAUACGCGCAUAUUUUCACUCUACGCGCCCGCAUGGGUCGAUCUGCACGUCAUCUUCGACAUGCGGAUCGGCGCAACUUUCGUCGAAUGCGCCUAUUCCUUUGGCUACCGCGCCAUUGACAGUCCGAGCACGGACAAGAAACUUGAUAGCAAGACGAUGCACGACCAUGGGCCCGAAGCCCACCAGCAGCACGGCUGGCGUCCGAUAUGCUGGUACGAACUUGACCCAGAGCGUCGAGAUAUCAGCCAGUGUCAAAUCACUCGCGGCGACAUCCUCACGGUGCAUGAGAUUCUCUUCGGGCUAAACACCGACCUGUCAAAGCGGGUGAGCUUGAAGCUUACGGCUGAGCUGUUGUUCGUGGCGCUCGGGGUGCCGUUUUCCAUCGCGGAGAAGGAAGGCGAAAAGGAUGGCGUGCCGAUGUUUGGCGGCGAUGGGAUGUUGAAUAUCUCUGGCGCUGGGCCAGGGAAAAAGCCCGGUGUCAGUGCGGCGCAUAUGAGGAAGAUCCUGCGUAUACCUCCAUUGGAGGGAGAUGAUCCUGCAGAUUUGUCGCAGCGGCAAGUAGGUCAAUCGGAAAAGGAGAGGAAUCCACAGUAUGAAUGCGGUAGCGACUGUGAUAGUGACUGCGAGUACUGUGCAGAUGAGGAGCACAACCGCCCGGUGACGAAAAGGCGCAGACUCGCAUAA